AUGUCGGGUCCGAUUAACCCGAAAUCUCCUAGACAAAGGGAGAACUCUAUCUCGACACCGUUGAAGCCUGAAUUGAUUCAGUGCUUGAAAGAAUCAAUGGGUGAUGUGACAAGUCAACCUUAUGUCAUUGUAAUUUUUGGAGCAUCGGGUGAUCUGGCUAAGAAGAAGAUCUACCCUACACUUUGGUGGCUUUUCAGAGAUGACUUACUUCCGUUUAAUUUUCACUUCAUUGGUUAUGCUCGUUCUGAUCUUACAAUGGAGAAAGUGCGGAGUAGUUUUGAGAAGCACUGCAAAAUUCGUGAGGAAGAGAAGGAGAAGUUCGAAAGUUUUGUGAAACGAUGCUCGUAUCUAAGAGGCGAAUACCACAAACCGGAUGGAUUUAUUGCACUUAAGGAAAAGGUCGCUGAAAUUCAAUCUGCGACGGACAAUACCCCUGUAAAUCGACUGUACUACCUCGCUUUGCCUCCACAGGUGUACGAAGCGGUAUCAUCUCAAAUAAAAGAGCAUUGUAUGGAUAAUGGUGACUCUUGGACAAGGAUUAUUAUUGAAAAACCUUUCGGACGGGAUACGGAAACUUCUGCAAAGUUAUCGAAUCACUUGAGUAGUUUAUUCACAGAGAAGCAUAUUUAUCGCAUCGAUCAUUAUUUAGGGAAGGAAAUGGUUCAGAACUUGAUGGUUUUGAGAUUUGCAAAUCAAGUCUUCAACCCCUCAUGGAACCGUAACUACAUUGCUUCUGUUAUGAUUUCCUUCAAAGAAGACUUUGGCACUCAGGGGAGAGCAGGUUAUUUUGAUAGUAGCGGAAUUAUUCGUGAUGUGAUGCAGAAUCACUUAAUGCAAAUGAUGACUUUAGUGGCCAUGGAGAAACCUGCCAGUUUGCAUGAAGAAGAUAUUCGUGAUGAAAAGGUCAAGGUUUUGAAAGCCAUAAAACCAUUAAGUAUUGAAGACGUUGUUAUUGGACAGUAUGUAAAGAAUCCUGAAGCGAAAGAAGGGGAGGAAGCAUCAGUGGGUUACCUCGAUGAAGAAUCGGUUCCCAAAAAUUCUACAACUCCAACUUAUGCACUUGCUGUAUUGUACGUUAACAAUGAGCGUUGGGAAGGAGUACCAUUCUUUUUACGAUGUGGAAAAGCUUUAAACGAAAGGAAAGCUGAAGUCAGGAUACAAUACAAAGAAGUGCCUGGUGACAUUUAUCCUACUGGAGAUUUGAAGCGAAAUGAGCUCGUCAUGAGAGUUCAACCAAAUGAGGCGGUGUAUAUGAAAAUGAUGACGAAAAAACCUGGUAUGGGCUUUGCGGUUGAUGAAACUGAGCUCGAUUUAACCUAUGGGCGUCGUUAUAAGGACGUUAGGUUACCAGAAGCUUAUGAGCGAUUGCUACUGGAAGUUUUGGUGGGAUCUCAAAUAAACUUUGUCCGAACAGACGAGUUGGACUAUGCUUGGCAGAUCUUCACACCGUUAUUAAAAGAAAUUGAUGCCAAAAAACAUAAACCUGUGGAUUAUGUGUUUGGAAGCCGGGGGCCAGCAGAAGCAGAUUAUUUGUUACAAGAACGUGGGUUUGUUUUCACUGGUACUUACAAGUGGGUGAAUCCUCAUGAACAUCAUUAA